AUGGAAACUUCUAGAGGGUUUUGGGCUUCUUUGUGGAACUUGUUAUGUUUCUUGCCUUUCUUCAGCAGUCUUCUGAUACUUGGAUUCAUUAAAGGCAUCAUUAUGUUACCUGUAAUACUUGGCAUAGUGACAAUUGGAAUUUCUGGGACAAUACUAUUUCUUUGGCCUAUGCACUGUUUCUACACAUAUUAUUGCAUUUUAAGCACAAAGCAAUUUGGUCCAGUUUUGAAGCUCAUAAUCUGCAUAUGUUUAGCUGCUGCCUUAAUUUCAUGGCCACCGAUCGGCGUUGCCUGCAGCGUUCUGUCCGGGGCAGCAUACGGCCACUUCUCCCCGAUUCUUGCCACUUUUCAGGCAGUCGGAGAGGGGAAGAGCAGCAAGUUAUCUCACUGCAUUUGUGAUGGGACAUGGAGUGGUGUGGAGGGGAGCUUCACUAUGAUAACGGAUUUCUCUGAUGUUUGCUGUCAUUCCUACCUCUCAAUCAUGGAUGAUCUCCUCCAUCACGAGGGGGAACGCUAUGAAAUCCGGUUGCUGCACGUUCCUCUGGCUCUCGUUGCUGGAGCUGCGGGCGUGGUGGUGGACCUGCCUGUGAUCUCAGAGCUCGCCUUGUGCAAGAGCCACUACAUGCUCGUGAAGGGGUGGCAUCGCCUGCUGCAAGACUGCGUUGGCCGGGAAGGGCCCUUCUUGGAGACCAUAUGUGUGCCCUUUGCAGGGCUCGCGGUCUUGCUCUGGCCGUUGGUCGUGGCUGCAGCCGUUGUCUGCUCCAUCGUGUCGUCUGUCUUCUUGGGUGCUUACGCAGCUGUCGUUGUGUAUCAGGAGAGCUCAAUCUGGUUGGGACUGUGCUACAUCGUUGCCUCGGUGUCGAUGUAUGAUGAAUACAGCAACGACGUUCUUGACAUGCCCGAGGGGUCCUUGUUCCCCAGACCGCGUUACAGAGAGAAGGCCUCUCCACUGCCAACUUCCCUCUCUAUCCGGAGCUCCCCGCCUUCUCCUAGGGCUUCCCGGAUGCUCGAGCUAGCUGAUGCCUUGUUCAAGGAGUGUCAGCGUCUAGGCGAAGUUUUGGUUUCCGAAGGCACGAUUAAACUGAUCGACGUCGAAGAGGCCAUGAACCGGAGAAUGCUCACCGUUGGAUUGCCUGCUUACUGCAUUCUUCAAACAUUUGUGAGAUCAGCUAGAGCUGAUUGUGGUGGCAUUUUGUUGAGUAACGUCGAAAUAACGACUUCAAAUAGGCCUAAAGACGAGAUUUAUGAGUGGUUUCUCAACCCUCUGCUGAUCAUCAAAGAGCAAAUCAAAGCUGCUAGCCUCUCUGAGAUGGAAGAGCAUUAUUUGGGCAAAUUGGUGCUGUUUAGCGGCGACGCCAUGAGAUUGAAGAGCGCCCACGUCGGGCCAGAGCCUGAAUCGGAAGUUGAACGGGCCGAGCUCGAGGCUCUAGGGCGAAGGCUAAUCGGGAUCACCAAGUCAAUAUUGAGAUACCCUACAUUCAGACGCCGGUUUGAUCAGAGUAUGAGGGACGUCUUGGCACAGCUCGGUAAGAAAUCAGGCAACAGCAAGGCUCGUACGCUGAGGAGGUCGGUGAGCAUGUUCGCUCGUGUUAUUACACGAAAACAUGGAUCGGGUCAAGAAGAUCCAACGGUGUAA